AGCAGGCUGUGGUCCGAGGGGACGGAGCAGCGAGGCCCCCUGAUCGGGCGACGCGGGCCGCCUGGGGCCCCCGGGCUGAGAGGGGGCCGGAGCGGCACCCCGGCCGCCCGCGCGGGGUCUCCCCCAUGGUGCAGCGGGGUUCGGGAUGUCGAAGACGCUGAAGAAGAAGAAGCACUGGCUCAGUAAGGUGCAGGAGUGCGCGGUGUCCUGGGCUGGGCCCCCGGGCGACUUCGGCGCCGAGAUCCGGGGUGGCGCGGAGCGCGGCGAGUUCCCCUACCUGGGGCGGCUCCGCGAGGAGCCCGGCGGGGGCACCUGCUGCGUCGUCUCGGGCAAGGCGCCCAACCCAGGGGAUGUGCUGCUGGAGGUGAACGGGACUCCUGUCAGCGGGCUCACCAACCGGGACACCCUGGCUGUCAUCCGCCACUUCCGCGAGCCCAUCCGUCUCAAGACAGUAAAGCCAGGUAAAGUCAUUAACAAAGAUUUGCGGCACUACCUGAGUCUUCAGUUUCAAAAAGGAUCAAUUGACCACAAACUGCAGCAAGUAAUCAGAGAUAAUCUGUACUUGAGAACCAUCCCGUGCACUACAAGGGCCCCCAGGGAAGGGGAGGUACCAGGAGUGGACUAUAACUUCAUUUCUGUUGAACAGUUCAAAGCCCUGGAAGAGAGUGGAGCACUGUUAGAAAGUGGGACAUAUGAUGGAAACUUCUAUGGAACUCCCAAGCCUCCAGCAGAACCCAGCCCUUUUCAGCCAGAUCCUGUUGAUCAGGUCCUCUUCGAUAAUGAGUUUGACACAGAAUCCCAAAGAAAACGAACUACAUCUGUCAGCAAGAUGGAGAGAAUGGACAGCUCUCUUCCUGAAGAGGAAGAAGAUGAGGACAAGGAAGCUAUGAACGGCAGUGGAAACACAGAAAACAGAGAGAGGCAUUCUGAGUCAUCUGACUGGAUGAAGACUGUUCCAAGUUACAACCAAACCAACAGCUCCAUGGACUUUAGAAAUUAUAUGAUGAGAGAUGAGACUCUGGAGCCGCUGCCCAAAAACUGGGAAAUGGCCUACACUGACACAGGGAUGAUCUACUUCAUCGACCACAACACCAAGACAACCACCUGGUUGGAUCCUCGUCUCUGUAAGAAAGCCAAAGCCCCUGAAGACUGUGCAGAUGGAGAGCUUCCUUAUGGCUGGGAGAAGAUAGAGGACCCUCAGUAUGGGACGUACUAUGUUGAUCAUCUUAACCAGAAAACCCAGUUUGAAAAUCCAGUGGAGGAAGCCAAAAGGAAAAAGCAGUUAGGACAGUCAGAAAUUGGAUCUUCAAAACCAGAUGUGGAGAAGUCGCAUUUUACACGAGAUCCAGCCCAACUGAAAGGUGUCCUUGUUCGAGCAUCGCUGAAAAAAAGCACAAUGGGAUUUGGUUUUACCAUUAUUGGUGGAGACAGGCCUGAUGAGUUUCUACAAGUGAAGAAUGUGCUGAAAGAUGGUCCUGCAGCUCAGGAUGGGAAAAUCGCACCAGGAGAUGUUAUUGUAGACAUCAAUGGCAACUGUGUCCUUGGUCACACCCAUGCAGAUGUUGUCCAGAUGUUUCAACUGGUACCUGUCAAUCAGUAUGUGAACCUCACUUUGUGUCGCGGUUAUCCACUUCCUGAUGAAGGUGAAGAUCCUGUUGUGGAUAUUGUGGCUGCUACCCCUGUCAUCAAUGGACAGUCGUUAACCAAGGGAGAGACUUGCGGGAAUCCUCAGGAUUUUAAGCCAGGAGUGAUGGUUCUGGACCAGAAUGGAAAAUCAGGACACACCUUGACGGGUGAUCGCCUCAAUGGACUGUCAGAUCCAAGCGAGCAGCGAGCAUCCGUGGCAUCGUCGGGCAGCUCCCAGCCGGAACUCGUGACUAUCCCUUUGAUGAAGGGCCCGAAAGGCUUUGGGUUUGCAAUUGCUGACAGCCCUACUGGACAGAAGGUGAAAAUGAUAUUGGAUAGCCAGUGGUGUCAAGGCCUUCAGAAAGGGGAUAUAAUUAAGGAAAUUUACCAUCAAAAUGUGCAGAACUUAUCACAUCUCCAAGUGGUAGAGGUGCUAAAGCAGUUUCCAGUAGGUGCCGAUGUACCAUUGCUUAUCUUAAGAGGAGGUCCUCCUUCACCAACCAAAACUGCUAAAAUGAAAACAGAUAAAAAGGAAAAUUCAGGAAGUUUGGAGGCCAUAAAUGAGCCCAUUCCCCAGCCUAUGCCUUUUCCACCCAGCAUUAUCAGGUCAGGAUCCCCGAAAUUGGAUCCUUCUGAGGUCUACCUGAAAUCUAAGACUUUAUAUGAAGAUAAACCUCCAAACACCAAAGAUUUGGAUGUUUUUCUUCGGAAACAAGAGUCAGGGUUUGGCUUCAGGGUGCUAGGAGGAGAUGGACCCGACCAGUCUAUAUACAUUGGGGCCAUUAUUCCCCUGGGAGCAGCUGAGAAAGAUGGCCGGCUCCGUGCAGCUGACGAGCUCAUGUGCAUUGAUGGAAUUCCUGUCAAAGGAAAGUCACACAAACAAGUCUUAGACCUGAUGACCACUGCUGCUCGGAACGGCCAUGUGUUAUUAACCGUCAGAAGAAAGAUUUUCUACGGAGAAAAACAACCUGAGGAUGACAGCUCUCAAGCCUUCAUUUCAACACAGAAUGGAUCUCCCCGCCUAAACCGAGCAGAUGUCCCAGCCAGGCCUGCUCCCCAGGAGGCCUAUGACGUUGUCCUGCAACGAAAAGAAAGUGAAGGAUUUGGCUUUGUCAUCCUCACCUCCAAAAACAAGCCACCUCCAGGAGUUAUUCCACAUAAAAUUGGCCGAGUCAUAGAAGGAAGCCCAGCCGAUCGCUGUGGAAAAUUGAAAGUUGGAGAUCACAUCUCUGCAGUGAAUGGACAGUCCAUUGUUGAACUGUCACACGAUAACAUUGUUCAGCUGAUCAAAGAUGCUGGUGUCACUGUCACACUAACCGUCAUUGCUGAAGAAGAUCAUCAUGGUCCACCAUCCGGAACAAACUCAGCCAGGCAAAGCCCAGCCUUGCAGCACAGGUCCAUGGGACAGGCUCAGGCCAACCACAUCCCUGGGGACAGAAAUAUCCUAGAAGGCGAAAUUGGAAAGGAGGUCUCCGCUUCUUACAGACAUUCGUGGUCAGACCACAAACACCUCGCCCAGCCUGACACGGCAGUGAUUUCAGUUGUAGGCAGUCGGCACAACCAGAGCCUUGGUUGUUACCCAGUAGAGCUGGAGAGAGGCCCCCGGGGCUUUGGGUUCAGCCUCCGAGGUGGAAAGGAAUAUAACAUGGGGCUGUUCAUCCUUCGUCUCGCUGAGGACGGUCCUGCCAUCAAAGACGGCAGAAUUCAUGUUGGGGACCAGAUCGUCGAGAUCAAUGGGGAACCUACACAAGGAAUCACACAUACUCGAGCAAUUGAGCUCAUUCAGGCUGGUGGAAAUAAAGUUCUUCUUCUUCUCAGGCCAGGAACUGGCUUGAUACCUGACCAUGGUGAUUGGGAUAUUAAUAAUCCUUCAUCUUCAAAUGUGAUUUAUGAUGAACAGUCACCAUUUCCCCCAUCUUCACAUUCUGCUUCCAUAUUUGAAGAGUCUCACAUGCCAGUGAUAGAAGAAUCUUUAAUGAGAGUCCAGACAUGUGAAAAGACCGAAGAAUUAAAGGACACUGUGCCUGAAAAGAAAAGCACUUUCAAUGAACAUCCCUCUGAAGCAAAGCAACAGUGUCUUCUCCAGAAAAAUAUGAAUAAGAGGGACCCACCCAACAGUCCUGGGCACAGUGACAAGAAAAAGCUAUUAGAAGUAGAAAGCGGUGUUACACGGAGAGGUAGAUCUGCUAGUCCCAAGAAGUCAGCCAGUCGGUAUUCAGAGGAGCAUUCGGAAAAGCUUGCUAGUAAUCCAGAAAAUGACCCCAAAAGAAGACCCCGAGAGCAAUCACACAGCCCCAGGAAAGGGGAGAACAGAGGCUGUGAGAUCAGCACCAAGGCAGGCUCCGGGCAAGAUCACGGCAGAAAAAGCAGAGGACGUUCUUCCAGCCCCAAGAAGCAGCAAAAAAUUGAAGGAAGCAAAGGUCUAUCGAAUGCUGAAGCCAAAUCAUUAGAAGGGGAGAGUCAAAGAACAGGCCACGCUAACAGUGAUGCUGCCAGGAAAGAAAAGUCAGGUGCCGCCAGGAAAGAAGCAAAGCAGAGUCAGCUGGGAUCGAGCAGAACCAGGUCUCCAGAGAAAAAGGGCAAAAGAGUAGAGGAAAAGCCUCUUUCAUCCAAAAAGACUAAUCACACUACUAGUAAAGCAGUGUCUGAAAAUGAAAAAGGAGAGAAAGCAAUCACAGGAGAAGCGAGUUUUAGUAAAGAUAAAACAGGAGAAAAUGUUCAAGUAUCAGAAAAGAAGCUGAAGCGGGAGCCUGAAGAGAGAGCGGUUUUAAACAAGACAGAAGGUCACAGAGGGAGAGAACGAGAGGCAGCUGACGGGAGCAAGGAGCCCGGAGGGUCCAAACCUGGGUGUAGCUCUCCAGGCAAGAAAACACCAAUAACUCCUGGGCCCUGGAAGGUGCCAAGUGCAAAUAAAGUCAUAGGCAAUACUGGUAUGGCUGAGAAACGACUAUGAC